CAUUUCCUAUUCUUAGCAUCUACAACUGCCAGAAACUAACCAUCGUCCUCUCGCUCACUCUCCAUCCCUCCAUAAUAUCAUCCAUCCAUCCAUCCAUCCCUGCUGAUGCUGCUGCUGUUGCGAACAACGCCGGAAAGACAGACGUGAAAAUGGCGGGAAACGACUGGAUCAACAGCUAUCUGGAGGCCAUCCUCGAUGUGGAUACGGGGAUCAACGAUCAGAAAUCGUCUCUCCUGUUGCGCGAGAGAGGUCGCUUCAGCCCUGCCCAGUAUUUUGUCGAUGAAGUCAUCACUGGGUUCAAUGAGACUGACCUGCACCGCUCUUGGGUUCGAGCGUCCUCAAUUCGUAAUUCAGAGGAGAGAAAUACGAGGUUGGAGAAUAUGUGUUGGAGGAUAUGGACCUUGGCCCGCAGGAAGAAACAUAUCGAGACUGAAGAAGCCCAGCGUAAGACAAAAAGGCACCAGGAACGAGAAAAUGCUCGAAGAGAGGCCGCGGCCGAUAUGUCAGAGGAUUUGUCGGAAGGAGAAAAGGGCGAUUCACUCGGUGAUAUCUCUAGCCAUGGUGAUAGUGCCAGGAUGAGAAUGCCGCGGGUUGGUUCUACGGAUUUGAUGGCAAACUUGGCUAGCCCACAUGCAAAUAAAAAACUCUAUCUAGUCUUAAUCAGUCUCCAUGGUUUGAUUAGGGGAGAGAACAUGGAACUUGGCCGGGAUUCCGACACAGGAGGUCAGGUUAAGUAUGUUGUGGAACUGGCCAGAGCGCUGGGGUCAAUGCCGGGAGUUUAUCGUGUCGAUUUGCUCACAAGGCAGGUGGUAGCACCAGAUGUGGAUUGGACAUACGGGGAGCCGAUAGAGAUGCUUAAUCCACUAAACCCUGAGAGCAGCAGCGCGAAUGACACUGGGGAGAGUGGCGGUGCAUACAUAAUCCGCAUACCUUUCGGCCCAAAGGAUAAGUACCUCUCUAAAGAAGUUCUAUGGCCCCAUAUUCCAGAAUUUGUUGAUGGUGCACUCGCCCACAUUAUACAGAUGUCUAAAGUUCUGGGGAAGCAAAUUGGAAGCGAUCAACCACUGUGGCCUAUUGCCAUCCAUGGACACUACGCGGAUGCAGGGAAUUCUGCUGCUCUCCUCUCUGGAGCUCUAAAUGUGCCAAUGAUUUUCACUGGCCACUCACUUGGGCGUGACAAGCUGGAGCAGCUGCUAAAGCAAGGGAGGCAAACAAGGGAGGAGAUAAACUCCACAUACAAAAUAAUGCGCCGCAUAGAGGCUGAGGAGAUUACUCUAGAUGUUUCUGAAGUCAUCGUUACCAGCACAAAACAGGAGAUUGAAGAGCAAUGGCGUCUCUACGACGGAUUUGAUCCGGUCCUGGAGCGCAAACUUCGAGCUCGGAUCAAGCGCAACGUUAAUUGUUUUGGAAGGUUCAUGCCCCGCAUGGUUGUAAUUCCUCCUGGGAUGGAAUUCCGGAAUGUAGUUCCACAAGAGGGAGACAUUGAUGGAGAGGCAGAAGGGAAUGAAAAUAGCUCUGGAACUCCAGAUCCGUCCAUUUGGUCAGAGAUCAUGCGCUUCUUCACCAACCCCCGCAAGCCUAUGAUACUUGCUCUCGCUAGGCCGGAUCCAAAAAAGAAUUUAAUCACUCUGGUCAAAGCAUUUGGAGAGUGUCGCCCGCUGAGGGAUCUUGCUAACCUUAUAUUGAUCAUGGGGAACAGGGAUGUAAUUGAUGAUAUGUCAUCUACAAAUUCGUCUGUUCUCCUUUCUAUACUCAAACUAAUUGACAAAUAUGACCUGUACGGUCAAGUUGCAUAUCCAAAACAUCACAAGCAAUCAGAAGUUACUGAUAUAUAUCGCCUGGCAGCUAAAUCCAAGGGUGUUUUCAUCAAUCCUGCGUUUAUCGAGCCAUUUGGACUCACCUUGAUUGAGGCGGCAGCUCGUGGUCUUCCAAUUGUUGCCACAAAGAAUGGCGGCCCUGUGGACAUUCACAGGGUUCUUGAUAAUGGCCUGCUAGUCGAUCCCCAUGAUCAAAAGUCCAUAGCCGAUGCACUCCUGAAGCUGGUUGCCGACAAGCAACUCUGGGCCCGCUGCAGGGAUAAUGGAUUGAAAAACAUUCAUCUGUACUCGUGGCCGGAGCACUGCCGGACAUAUCUGGCCAGAGUAACAAACUGCAGGCAGAGGCAUCCGCAGUGGCAAAGAAAUGAGGCCAACGAUUCUGAACCCGACUCUCCUGGAAGUUCGUUGAGGGAUAUUCAGGACCUUUCGUUGGGUUUGAAGAUGUCGCUAGAUGGCGAGAGGAAUGAAGGCAUUGGGUCGUUGGUAAUGAAAGGCCAGGAAGCUACGGCGGAUGGGAAAAGUCAGGUUACAAGUUCACCUCUGAAGGUGGCGGCAGCAAACGAGUCCAUGGAAAAAUCAGAAAACUGCAAGUUCCCCGCGCUGAGGACGAGAAAGUUCAUCUUAUUCAUAGCCGUGGAUUGCGAUUCAGUGGCCAGUGGUCUGGAAAUCACCAAAACAAUAUACGACGCCGCCGCUGCGACCACGACGGAUUCCCAGCCAUCGUCUGUUGGGCUCAUUUUGGCCACGUCCUGGAGCGUGUCUGAGAUCAACUGCGCCCUGGACAAGGCUGGGCUGAAAUCAAGCCAGUUUGAUGCGUUCAUCUGCAACAGCGGGAGUGAGAUAUACUACCCGUCUCCGAGUUGGGAGCAGAGCUCGUCGGAGUCGCAGUACAUGAUCGACUCAUACUAUCAGGCUCACAUCGAGUACCGCUGGGGAGGCGAGAGCUUGAAGAAUACGUUGGUUAGGUGGGCGGCCUCGGUCAACGACGGAUCGCCGAAAGACAGCAACAACAACCCUGAGCCUGUAAUAACCGGGCUGGAUUCCGGGUCUUCACAUUGCCAUGGAUUUGGAGUGACGGACCCAUCGCUGGUCCCCCCUUUCAAGGAGCUGCGGAAACUGAUGAGAAACCAGGCCCUCCGGUGCAGCGCAGUGUACUGCAAAGAGGGGGGGAGGAUCAACGUUAUCCCGGUGCUGGCAUCUCGGGCGCAGGCACUGAGGUAUCUGUACGUGCGUUGGGGGGUGGAGCUGUCGAAAGUGGUGGUGCUGGUGGGCGAGAGCGGGGACUCAGACUACGAGGGGCUCUUUGGCGGGCUGCACAAGACUCUCAUCCUAAAGGGCAAGUGCUGCGACGCCGCAACCAAAAUUCACACCAACAGAAGCUAUCCGCUGGAACAUGUAGUCCUCCGGCCCGCGGAUCACCCCGAGAAACUGGUUGAAUGCAGCAACUGCGACAGGGAUGGCAUCAAAGCAGCCCUGGGAAAACUAGGAGUGAAAAUUUAACGAUUGAUUAGUUGGGGUGGGCGGUUCCGGUCCGCGUCAUCACAUACAUCCAUCACCCUUCCUUCCGUACAGUUCAAAGGUUCAUGGAUCUCUCUUCAUUGCAUUCUUGCUUGGACAACAAUAACAAAACAUAUGGACCCACAGAUUUUCCUUCUAAGUACCAUUGCAUUUGA